GGUGAAGUUAAGGUUAUCCGACUAACGUUGGGCAGCUUGCAAGGAUUUGAAUAUAUGACGUUUUCCCUCCAUUCCGUUGUCAGUCUGUAUUGUCUUUAAAGGACCAGUAGCUGUAACGUUAACUAACGUUGGUUAUCAGUUAUUUCAGUUUUUGGAAUUGUAUAGUCUUAAUUUAGAUUCUAAUGUAACUUUGUUAUUUCUGUUUAAAGGUCACCAAAAACAAUAACAUUGGCUAGCUACCUAGCUAACUUGACGUAAUCUAACAGCUAGCUAUGGAUAUCACUAGCUACAAAAAGACCGACAACAUGAACGCGUUGCAAGCUAGCUAGCUAACUAAGCCAAAUUAGAUUCUUUCGACACAUCGAAUCCAUUAACUCAUGUUUGUUCCUAGCUACCGAUGUUAAAUAAAACUGUGUACAUUUAGCUAUAUGGAUGGUGUAUGUUUUCUGCAAGUCUGUAUCUGUGGUGCUAGGUCCCUCGGUGGUUAGUUAACGUUAUGGUGGCGUACGUCGGUGUUGCUAGCUGGCUAGCUAAAGGUAAAGAAGAAUGCCGAGUACCAAGUAUCACAGCGGGGACAUGGUGAUGGGCCGCUGGCCCGGCAGCAACCUGUACUACGAGGUCAAAGUGAUGAGCUACGAUUCCAGCAAGCAGCUCUACACCGUGAUGUACAAAGAUGGAACUGAGCUGGAACUGAAGGAGCCUGACAUCAAGAGCCAGUCGGGCUUUCGGCAGAGCACGAGUCGUUCUCGGUCCCGGUCCCGCUCCCGCUCCCCGUCCCGCCGGCAGAGUCGCUCCCGGUCCCUGGGCAGGACGUCCCGCCGCUCUUCGUCCCGCAGCCGAGAGUUGCGUAAGGACGCCAAACCCAAGGAGCUGCUGGAGGCAAAGCCAGUCGAGAACAAUAGCAACAAUAAGCAUGAAAAGAAAGAGGAAAAUGACACUGCCGACAAGGCCAGCGAGAAGAGCGAGGGCGAGCUGGACCGCAGCCGGGCGAGCGGGCGCUACAACCUGCGGCGCCGGAAGGAGGACGCCGUGGUCAAGGCCGUUCAGCGUGACGAGCUGGAGAAGAGGGCCGAGGACCCGCUGCCGCUCCGGACCAGGAGAUGGGCCACCGCCAAAACCACCGAGCUGGAUUUCGGGGGGAGAGUAGGGGCCUUCCUCAUGAUGCUCUUCCUCCCGGCGGUGGUCUUCACCCUGCUGCUCACCUGCCAGGCGGACGGCAGCAUCCUCAGCUUCCCCCCGCCCGUCCCCCCGCUGCAGGCCUUCUGGAGCGCCCAGGCGCUCGGCGUCGUGCUCCUCUGGAUCCUCUUCCAGGCCGUCCUCUACGUGCUCCCCGUGGGGAAGGUUGCUGAGGGAAUGCCCCUGAAGAGCGGGAAAAGACUGAAAUACAGGAUGAAUGGGUUUUUUGCUUUUGUGGUCACGGGUUUGGCGGUGGGAGUGGCUGUGUAUUACCAGGUGGACUUCAGCUACGUGCACGAGCACUUCCUGCAGUUGGCCACCUCCACCCUGCUGGUCUCCACCCUGCUGAGCGUGUACCUCUACGUCCGCUCCCGCUGGGCCGCUGAGGACGAGCUGGCCCCGGGCGGGAACUCCGGUCACGGGAUUUAUGAUUUCUUCAUGGGGCAUGAGCACAAUCCAAGAAUUAAGAACUUCGAUCUCAAGUUCUUCUUCGAGAUGCGCCCAGGUUUGAUUGGCUGGAUUGUGAUUAACUUUGCACUGUUGCUUACUGAAAUGAAAAUCCACAAGCUGGACUUUCCAUCACACGCCAUGUUACUGGUCAACUUCUUUCAGUUCCUGUACAUUGCUGAUGGUCUUUGGUUUGAGGAAGCCAUUCUGAGCACAAUGGACCUGACUUAUGAGGGUUUUGGAUUCAUGCUGGCAUUUGGAGACCUGGUUUGGGUGCCUUUUACCUACACCCUGCAGGCCUUCUACCUGGUUAAUCACCCCAACUCCCUCUCUCUGCCCUGGGCCGUGGCCAUCUUCGCGCUUAACGCAAUCGGAUAUUACGUGUUCCGUAAAUCCAACUUGGAGAAGAACACCUUCAGGAGAAACCCGGCAGAUCCUCGGGUGUCUCAUCUGCGGACUAUUCCCACCGCCGCCGGGAAGUCCCUCUUGGUGUCUGGCUGGUGGGGGUUCGUCCGUCAUCCGAACUACCUGGGUGACCUGAUCAUGGCGGUGGCCUGGUCUCUGCCCUGUGGAUUCAGCCACCUUCUACCGUACUACUAUUUGAUUUACUUCACUAUUUUACUAAUCCACCGUGAUGCUCGUGAUGAGAGGCAGUGCAAGAAGAAGUACGGAUUUGCGUGGGAGGAGUACUGUCGAGAAGUGCGCUACCGUAUCUUUCCAGGGGUCUACUGAGAAGAGGGACCCGUCCUUCUACGUUCACAUCUGCAGCUAAUUUUUAUGAAGUCUUUUAAAAACCAGAAAGAAGAAAAUGACUGAAGUGGAUUUGGAAACAUGAAAACUGAAUUUUUAUUUAAAUAAGCCCAGAACUGAAAGACCUAGGAAAACGACUAGGUUUCGCACCUCAGUUUUUAAUUUUUUAUACUCUAUUUAACGGCUUUGAAGUUUAACGUUAAGUGAAAAGGAAAAGAACAGUGGCUUUUUUUGGGUAAUGUCUUUUACAAAAAGUUUACAAAUUUGAACCACCUCCUCACCAGGGAACAGUCUCACUAUGAUGUAUAUUUGUGUACAUACACAUUUUCCUUUUUCACACACACAUAUUUUAUCAUAAUAUUGCAUUGGCUAUUUCAAAAAGGUUUUGCUUCAAAAACACAAAGUGUUAAAAUAGUUUUGCUUGGCUUUCCUUUUUAAAAAUAAUUUGUAAUUGUACCAUUUGGUAUGCGGCUUGUGUAUAUUGUAUUUUAUGAGAUAUAAAUGCUCUUUUUUUAUCUGUACAGUUGAAAUCGGUCUCUUGAACCCUUGUUGCCCUCAGGACUCAAGACUUUGUGAAGGAAAUUGAUUAGGAAGGUUUGUCUUAAUUCUUGUGUAUAUUUUUAUAUAGAUGCAUAGUUUAUAAGGAACAUGUAAAGAAAAAAUGAGUUGGCAUUAAAUGCACUAAUGUGAGAUUGCGUUUUUAUAUAUCCAAAGUUUUCGAAUUUGGCUUUGCUACCUCAAACUCACUGUCGGAUGUUCUCCCAUGCCCUGGAUCAGAAACCUCUACGCACGUGCAAUGGGCUUUGUCUAUGAAUUUGGGCAAAGCAAUGUAACAGAUUUGACAGUUGCAUGAAGGAAAAUAGAUCAAAUAAAUAUUUUUUUUUAAGUUGACAUAAUACCAGCAGUAAGGACUGCGGUCACAUUGUAGUUAGGUCGGGUAGAGGAUUAGUUUAUUUUUCACUGUUCCGUUGGUGGCCUUGUGUUCACCGUAUAGAUGCACUCUUUGUUCCUCUUAAUUGUAUUUAAAACCAAAAUCUGCUCCAAUGACAAACAACAAACACCAGCAACCUUAAAAAAUGAUAACCAUAAUUAACAAAAUACAUAAAAUGACCCAAUUUUAACUUUUCUAGAAUGCUUCAUGAUUAUAUGUGGCAUGUAAAACUGGAUUUUUAAUAUUUGCCUUUUAAAGCAGCAAAAGAAAAAUUCUAUUGGAGACAAUACUGUGAUUUUAAUGCACAAUUUAAAGUAGCUUUGGAAUGCUACAAGCUACAUUGGAAUUUUCUUCUUGGCAUUGGAAAAUCUACCAAAUUAUAUUUUUGUAUGCCACUGCAGUAGAGCAGUUUAGCAAUAUCCUCACUGGUAGAUUGAUUCUGAGACUGAAUGCGAUGUACAUAUUAUAGAUUACUUGUUUUUUUGUGUUGUGAUUUUGAUUAUAAAAUGCGAACCCCGGUAGUGUUAGACAAUCUUAUGUUUUACAGUAGAUAUUUAAAGUUGCAUAAAGUUGUUUGUUUCGAAGAAAUAAGCUGCCUGGUUCACGACUGUGGCCAUUUAAAUUUGCAGGUAGGAAUGUUUGUAUGGAACUAGAGUUCACAUUCAUUACUACCUGAAAAGGCACUUGGGUAAUUUGUAAUUGAUUGACGUGUUCUUCUUGCAUGGACCAGUGUAGUGUGUAAGGUUCCCUAAGUUACCUGUCAUAUCAGGCUCAUAAAAUGUAUAACCAUCUUAAUGCAUGUUCUAAUUUUGGAUUGAUGCCUUUUAAAUGAACUGUGGCGUUAAAUUGAUAGAUUUAUGAAGUCAUAAAUUGUAGCUCAUGAACAGAUGCUAUGUUUGGCAUGAUUAGUGCAUUUCAGGGGUUUAAGAAGGAGCCCUCAGAGCUCUGUAAUGUGGGAAGAACACGCUUUCAAGUACUGCAGGAUUGUGAUGAUUUCAGACAUUAAGACCUGAGGGUUUGACUGAAAAGCUUUGUAAAAUAUGUUUUGGCAAAAAAAAUAAAUAAAGGUUUACAGUCUUUCCUGUC